AUGGAUGUUGAAGCUAGAAAGAAGUUCUGUGGUCUCUUGAUGUUCGAUAGCCCAUCGACAUCUCAAAAGUCUCCGACAUCUCAAAACUUUAUCGACAUUUCAUCGCGGGGCGAGGUUGAUCCCUCCGCGAUGGGUUACUAUAGCCAUAACAAUUUCAUUCCACUGCAAGACUCUCAUAUACACGACUUUAAUAAAAGUCAUGCCCUAGCAGCAGGCGCAGCCGCAGGCGAUGAACAAACAAACGAUAACAGUGGACAAGAUAGACAAUCUUCAUCUCAAUCGCAACCUAGACGUACUCCGCGCCCACCCAAUGCCUUCAUCCUCUAUAGACGUGCCAAACAACCAGCAAUCAUUGCAUCACAGAGGCACCUUACGAACGCUGAAGUCUCGAGGCAAAUUUCAGACAUGUGGAAAUCCGAGUCUGAAGAAACUCGUUUAGAAUGGGAGAGAUACGCAGAUCGCAAGAAAUUGGAGCACAUGAAGCAGUAUCCGGAUUAUGUCUAUCGCCCGGUCAAGAACAAGAAGAAGAGCGAAAAGGUUGACAAACGCCGACAACAACGCCGCAAGGAAGCAGCCGCAGCCAACGAGAGCAAGUCGGUCGGAAAUGGAGCUGUUUCGACUACUGGACCAGUUCGACGGAGAUCCAAACCAGUUCCCAAUUCACCAACACGAUUAGACCUAUCAGCCCAAAACUUCUUUCCAUCAAUCAUAACGUCAAACUUAGCCACUAGAACCGAUACCGCACAUCCUAUUCUUCCAUCCCAACCCGAAAUACCUUUGAUGGCUAGUCCAGCUCCGCUCGACGAAUUGCACAACACACACUUCCCCGACAUGUCUUCAAUUCCGUCCACCAAUACCACAACAUCAUCCACCACCUCCGUCUCGCCAAUAACUCCAAUAUCCCCACCACAAUUGGGCGUUCAGUCCUUGAAGGUCAAUCGUCAACCAAGUGUCUAUCAUGAGUUGGCUUAUUCGACGAGCGGUCACAAUACACCUAUCCAAUUCCAGUCCAUAGAUGGUCCAUACGGCGGGUAUCAGAACUUGGACUUUUGUGUCAUUCCGGAUGUCUACAGAAGCCAUCGCCAAGUGUUGGAUGAUUAUAUGCUCCAUCAUAACAUUUCGACGCCGACGUCGCCUACCGAUACUUCAAAUAUUUAUGUCGAGACUGGUGAACAGUUUUAUCAUAACAAUGGAGCUAACGGUAACGGUCAACCGUCAUAUACCGACUUACUUGCGAACUUAGAUGUCAACGAUUUCUUGGGUGGUUCUGCGAAUCAACAAGUUGCCUACUUACAAUAA